CAACGGGUAAACGCCGUGCCUCGGAGCAGUUGGAGAAGCCCGGUGGCGGGGGCUCAGGUGCUUCCCUUGCGGCCAGGCGGCGACGCGAGCGAGCGGACGAGGUAGCCGGGACCAUGGAGAUCGUGUACGUGUAUGUCAAGAAGCGAAGCGAGUUCGGGAAGCAAUGCAACUUCUCCGACCGCCAGGCCGAGCUGAACAUCAACAUCCCGCCCAACCCUGAGCUGGCAGAGCAGUUCGUGGAGCGGAACCCCGUGGACACGGGCAUCCAGUGCUCCACCAGCAUGUCAGAACACGAGGUCAACACAGAGCGGUUUGAGAUGGAGACCCGGGGGAUUAACCACGUGGAGGGGGGCUGGCCCAAGGAUGUGAACCCCCUGGAGCUGGAGCAGACGAUCCGGUUCCGGAAGAAGGUGGAGAAGGACGAGAACUACAUCAACGCCAUCACGCAGCUUGGCUCGAUCAUGGAGCACUGCAUCAAGCAGAAUAAUGCCAUUGACAUCUACCAGGAGUAUUUUGAUGACGAGGAUGCGGUGGAGGUGACAGAUGAGGCCCCUUCAGCUAAAACCAUCAAUGUUUUAAGGGAUCCCCAGGUAAUCAAGCGGUCAGCCACGCACCUCUCCUGGCACCCUGAUGGCAACAGAAAGUUGGCAGUGGCAUAUUCUUGCUUGAAUUUUCAACGUGCGCCUGAGGGCAUGAGCCAUGAAUCGUACAUCUGGGACCUGGAAAAUCCCAACAAGCCUGAAAUCGUCCUGAAGCCAUCGUCACCUCUUGUCACCUUGGAGUACAACCCCAAAGAUUCCCACGUGCUUCUGGGAGGCUGCUACAAUGGGCAGCUGGCCUGUUGGGACACUCGCAAGGGCAGCCUGGUGGCGGAGCUGUCCACUGUUGAGUUCAGCCAUCGAGACCCCGUGUAUGGCAGCAUCUGGCUACAGUCGAAGACGGGCACUGAGUGCUUCUCAGCAUCCACAGACGGGCAGGUCAUGUGGUGGGAUAUCCGAAAGAUGAGCGAGCCCACCGAGGUGGUGAUCCUGGACAUUGCCAGAAAGGAGCAGUUGGAGAAUGCCUUGGGGGCUAUCUCCCUGGAGUUCGAGUCUACUUUGCCAACCAAGUUCAUGGUGGGCACCGAGCAGGGCAUUGUCAUCUCCUGCAACCGCAAGGCCAAAACGUCAGCCGAGAAGAUUGUGUGCACCUUCUCAGGCCACCAUGGCCCCAUCUAUGCCCUCCAGAGAAAUCCAUUCUAUCCUAAGAACUUCCUGACUGUCGGCGACUGGACCGCCCGCAUCUGGUCAGAAGACAGCCGGGAGUCGUCCAUCAUGUGGACCAAGUACCACAUGGCUUACCUCACCGAUGGCGCCUGGAGCCCAGUGAGGCCUGCGGUUUUCUUCACCACCAGAAUGGACGGGACCCUGGACAUCUGGGACUUCGUGUUCAAGCAGUGUGACCCUGCCCUCAGCCUCAAGGUGUGCGACGAGGCCCUCUUCUGCCUCCGGGUGCAGGACAACGGAUGCUUCAUCGCCUGCGGCUCCCAGCUGGGGACGACCACGCUGCUGGAGGUCUCGAAUGGGCUGUGCACCCUCCAGAAGAACGAGAAGAACACGGCUUCUUUGGACUGGGUGACAUGGUGGCUCUGCUCCUGCCUCCCGAUCUCGAUGUCCAGCCCUCCUUUCUUGCCGUUAGUGCUGAGAACAGACCCCUGCCUUGUGCUAAACAGCCGGGUCUGGAGGCAGAUGAAGAGGUGGAAGGAGAGGACCUUGGUGAGGAAGAAGGCGACGGUGCCCAGGCUCCGACCUAGAAGGGGCAGGCCAGCCUUGCCCGCGGCCCCUCUCACGCCGCACCUCCGUCUCCCAUCCCCUGGCACCGCCCUGGCUUUGCACGUGGGCGCUGAGCUCAGGAGGGAGGGAGGGAGGGAGGGCUGGGGGAGCAGAGGGGUCCUGACCCGACCCGACGCCCCACCAAGUGCUGGCCCCCACUACUCACUGAGCCCAGUCCCAGGGGACCUCUUGGAAGGAAGGAAGGGGCAGGGCUCGUGCCCGAGCUGGGUACCCGUCCUCUCAGCCGCCCGAGCACACCCCGAGGGGCUCCACACUGCCUUUCAGCCUGGCCCUGUCUCUUCCCGUGGGUUCUGCUUCCCCGGGGUUUUUCCCGGCAAUUAUUUUCCCUCAAAGCUUACAGAGCCUCCGACGACGGGCUGGCCUCAGCCUCAGAAAGACCUGUGGGCGGGGAGAGGGGCUUCUCCUCCCUUCCUGACCCUCCCCUCCACACACAGCUCGGAAAGGCGGUCUGUCCACUUCUAAAAUGUCUCUGAGCACCGCCCCCCCCCCCAACUCUGAGGGCAGAUGGACGAAUGAGUUUGCUCCUUCCUGUACGCCUGUGAGCUUUCUACUGGCUUAAUUCUUAGAUUAAAUUAACGAUAAUGGUGCUGUAA